CUUGCCUUGGAAAUCACUAUGUUCACAUUACCAUAGCAAUGCUUUCCUACAACUCCCUGAAUGCUAGAUCACCUAAGAUUGUGUUCCAUUAACUCAGGAUGGCACUAAGGAGCUGCUGCAGCCUCGUUGUGACUCUGGCCAGGUCACUCAGUGGUUUCCCUUUCUAAGGUAGAGUCCUUCAAAGUCUCUUCUCUUCAAGGGGCAUUCGGCGGUCCUCAGGCCCAGUGCCAUGGCCAGUCACUCCUGAAGUCUUCCAGUUCACUGCCCUGCCAGUGCCACUUCCCCAGGGACAAGAGGAUGUCUGGCCAUGUGGAAGACCUACAAAUAACACCAGGUUUCCCAGGAGUUGGAUGAUGAGACAAAUUCAGUCUUUGACAAAAGAGCUUUGGCCCUGCAUCCAUCCAUCUGAUCCAUGGAAAGAUUUUAGUGUUCUAGCUUCUAAUCAUCAUCCCAGCCAAAGAGCCAUGGUGUCCCAUCUGACCCUAUGCACAACUCCUUUCAAAGGAACACUACGAAGAGAAAUAGAUUUCUGCUUAAUGCUCCAGGGCUAGUGCUUGAGGAAGUUUACUGCUCCUACAAACAUGUAUACGUCUCUGCCAAAGUGUUUCCAGCCCAUGGAGUUCUUGAGAUGCUGGAUCUCAAAAGAUUUAUUCAGUUGGUGAAGAUGAAAAGUCAGCCUCCAGUUUAGAGAUUAUUGUUCCACGUGACUUGGCAGAUGGAUUUGUCAAUAAUAAACGAGAAAGCUACAAGUUUAAAUUUCAGAAAAUUUUUGAUCAGGAGGCAAAACAAGAUGCAGUUUUUGAAAGCAUUGCCAAACCAGUUGCGGAAUGGACAGCAGCAAAGUGUACACAACCCAUGUUUCCUACUUGGAAAUCUACAAUGAAUGUGGUUAUGAUCUGUUGGACCCAAGACAUGAAGCCUCCAGAUUGGAAGAUUUGCCAAAAGUGACAAUAAUGGAAGACCCUGAUCAGAACAUUCAUCUGAAAAACCUGUCUCUUCAGCAAGCAACCAACGAGGAGGAAGCACUGAACCUUCUUUUUUUGGGAGACACUAAUAGGAUGAUUGCAGAGACUCCAAUGAAUCAAGCCUCAACUCGUUCCCACUGCAUCUUCACCAUUCACAUCUCAAGCAAGGAACCAGGAUCUGCAACCAUCCGACGCUCCAAGCUACACUUAGUAGACCUGGCUGGUUCAGAGCGUGUUGCAAAGACUGGAGUUGGAGGCCAACUCCUGACAGAGGCCAAAUAUAUCAAUCUGUCAUUACACUACUUGGAACAGGUAAUAAUUGCCCUAGCAGAGAAACAUCGAUCUCACAUUCCCUACAGGAACUCUAUGAUGACUUCGGUGCUCAGAGACAGCCUGGGAGGAAACUGCAUGACCACCAUGAUUGCAACACUCUCUUUAGACAAAAGAAACAUAGAUGAAUCUAUAUCAACAUGCAGAUUUGCACAGCGAGUUGCACUUAUUAAGAAUGAGGCAGUUCUUAAUGAAGAAAUUGAUCCUAGACUGAUGAUUAUCCAGCUGAAGAAGGUGAUCCAGGAACUGAAGGAUGAGCUGGCCAUGGUGACUGGGGAGCAAAGAACAGAAGAACUCACACAAGAAGAGCUACUUCAGCUGGAGGAGAUAAUUAAAACGUUUCUGGAAGAUCCUGAUCCUGAGAGCAUGCUGGAUGUUGGAGCUGAUAUGCGCAAGAUCAAGCACUGUUUCAAUUACAUAAAGCAACUGAUAAAUCGUACAAACAUUCCUGACAGACAUCUGCUGUCCCCAGACAUCACUGGAGGUGAAGAUACUAAUACCCCAGAGAAGAAAGAGGAGUUAAAGAAGUUGAGAGACCUUCUGCACCAAAGAGAUAAUGAAAUCAAUAUUCUAGUAAGUAUGUUAAAGAAAGAAAAAAAGAAAGCACAGGAUGCCCUCUUUCAGCUCAACACUGGGUCUAGUGGUCUUGCAGUCUCGGAAAGUUCCCUUUCUAUAAGCUUGGAAGAAGGUCAGAGGCCAUCUGCCUGUGUUAAUGUGAAAGAUACACAAGAUUUCAGCUCCUCAGUACAUAGAUCUGCUUUUCUUCCCAGGCGAACAGGAUCAGGAGGAGAAAUGUCACUUGGACGUCAGGAAGCUUUUGAAAUUUUCAAGAGGGAUUAUGUCGACAGCGUAACCAUCGAGGACAACAAACAGCUUCUUAAACAGAGGUACCAAGAUGAUGGGAGUGUAAGAAGUAGGUUUGCUGAAGCAAAAUCCCUAGGAGAAAAAGUAAAUGAAGUAAGAAAUAAAAUAAACCAUCUGAAAGGAGAGAUAACCCAGCGGCACAUGCAAAGGGCAGCUCUAGGUGUUGCCAGUCCUUCUGAAGAGCUAAAUGAAUCUGAUCCCGUGGAAGAGAGGCUUCGAGCACAAAUUGAAGAAGAGAAAAAAAGCUAUAAAACAAUGUUCAAUCGCUUGAAAGGGUUGAAGAUAGAGAUUGAACACUUGCAACUUCUUAUGGAAAAAGCCAAGGUGAAGCUGCAAAAAGACUUUGAAGUCUGGUGGUCUGAGGAGGCAUCGAAUCUGCAGGACCAGCAAGAGAAACUACCAGUGAGCAAUUCAGCAAGUGCCCUGAGGGCUUCCCCCCAGUCUCUUGAAUCCCAGCAACAUCUGUAUGCUAACAGUUUUUCAGAUACCAGUAGAGUCAACCCCAGUGAAGAUCGUGGUAGGAAAAACAACUUGAGCAGGCUCAGCAACUCAACUUCAAAUACAAGGCUUGGGGAACAAGUGAAUUUCUUGUUGCAUUCCAAUACUCCCUUUGUAAAUGAAGAAAUAUGGACAAUUCAAAAAUCUCUCCUCUUCCCCCACCUUCUCUCUUUAAGAACCAGGAACAACUCACCACUUUGGGUCUGCAGCUUGACUGAGAAAAAAUGAAUGACUUGUGUAUGUCAAACCUGUGCAAUCAGAUCUUCAGCAUGGACAAAGAUCAAGCACAACUGAAGCAACUGGACAGGAAAAAAACCGUUUUGUUUAUUGGGAAUGUUAUGGUUAUUUUGUAAAACAUCACAAUUAGCACUUUUUAAAACCACUUUUCCAUCACUACUAUAAGUGAAACAUUUCUUUGCUGCUGAUGCAAUUUUUUCUCUUUUUCUGAUUGUACUCUGGAAGCCUAUGAAUGUAGUUAUAUGAAAUUCAACAGUUUUGUCCACAGAUGUUUGUACAAACAUUGUUGGGUUUGAUCCAGGUGGGUUUCACAGUUGUGCUGUGCAAAAAUAGUAAAUAUUUGGUUCAUGAAAUUUAGAGUUUUAUUCAGGACCAUUGACUAAUGCCAGCACAUCACUUUUGUUGUUUUGUUUUAUUUUGUGAGAAAGGCAGUUUUCAUACAAAAUGCCUGAAAUUUUGAGAUCACGUAUUAUAAUAUGAAAACUGAUCUGCAUUGAAGUGAAAUUUCAUAAAUCAAAGUUUCCAGAAAUUUUAGGUCUUUCACUUGGAUCCAUUAAAUUUAAUGUAAAAAUGUAUCGUCCCCAAAAUGUCCAGGUUUAAAAAAAACAAAACAGUGAUAUCUUGCAGGUGUAAUGUAAAAUCAAGACAAUUUUUGCAGAAUCCAAACAAAAUAUGAAAAUGUAAAUGUAAAGUUUUAAUGUUUUGUUGCAAAUACUGUUCUUUGUAUAACCCCACUCUGCAACCCCAUGUCUCACUUUCAGUUUCAGAUUACAGCAAAUCUAAAACAUAAAAGCAAAAUUUAGUUUCCAAAAUGUACAGAGUUUCAGACUGAAACUACCGCGUUUCAUGCUAUUGAGCAACUUGCAUUGAUGAAAUCUGAAAGCUCUUUGUUAUUCAUGUACAAAAUACAGAUAACUUGAUUGGUAGGAGUCAUGUAUUCUUUAGGGCAUAAACUUCAACUUCAAAUGGUAUUACAUUUUGCAGCAACUGAAAAUUAUGCAACGAAUUGGAAAAUACUCAAAGCCACUGGUUUUCAUCAAAUAAACAAUUAAAGUAUGAUCAAUAAUGUAA